CGAGAUCCUGCAGAACAGUUCCCUAAUUACGAGGCACAAUGUACUUCUCUUUCGGUGUUGUCCUUGCUGCUCUGCUCGGCAUUGCCUCUGCACACUUCCAACUGCAGUAUCCUCCUCCCCGUGGACCCUUCGUCAUGUCCUCGGAGCCCACCUUUUGCGAUGGCUAUCAGAACUCUGUUAGCAAUCGUACCGUGUUCCCGUUGAAUGGUGGAAGUAUCUCUCUCAACAGCGAGCACCCACUGUGGACACUCGGAGUUCAGCUCUCCACGCUUUCUAACCCGCAGAACUUUGGCAACUUUACCGAGGCCGUGCCAUGGGUCCAGGUUAACGGCGAAGGCCUCUACUGUUUCCCGGUAGACCUUGCAACAUCCGGCCUUUCCGGCGUUCAGGACGGAGCUAACGUCACCCUUCUGUUCGUAUUCGAUGGUGGCGAUGGCGAGCUUUUCCAGUGCGCCGAUUUGACGUUAAGUGCGAACGCCCCCGCAGCCAGCUUCACGUGCCAGAAUGCCACUGGUGAUAUCGCGACAACAAUCGCUGCGCCAUCUUCGUCUCCCGCAAGUAGCACCGGCGGCUCGGCUACGUCGUCGGCGUCGUUGUCGUCGACCGCGCCUUCCCAGACACCAACUGGUGCUGCCUCCUCAAAUGCCGUUGUCGGCUUCACUGGCCUGCUCAGCCUCGUUGCCAUUCUUGCUGUUGUGUAGAUAUCUUCAGGUCGGGUUGCAGGGUGUGUAGAGGUGAUGAGGAAUUUGUACAAGCUACUAUCCAGCUUCAUGAGCAUGUAGGACCAUCACUCCUCGGCCAAUGCGAUGAUGAAGUUGCUGCUGUAUGCGUCUCACCUCUGACGAA